AUGGAGGCAGGGUUUGUUGACUGUCACUGUCACAUUUCUGCUCGGGAAUUCGCUGAGGACAUAGAAGAUGUAAUAAAAAGCACUAAAGAGGCUGGGGUCAAGACUUUGAUUUCAGUAACAGAAGUGGCCAGUGAGUUUGAAAGAGUGAUCCAGCUGUCUCAAAUCUACCCUGACCUGGUGGCACCAUGUUUAGGGAUUCACCCGGUCCAGGGCUGUGGGUCCCAGAACCAUCGCAGUGUUACAUUUCAGGACCUGGAACCUGCUCUACCCCUGUUUCAGAAAUACAGAGAAGACAUUGUGGCAAUCGGUGAGAUUGGCCUUGACUUCACACCUUGGUAUGUCACCAGUGCAGAGCAACGUGAGGAACAGCAGAGAGUCUUCAGAAAGCAGCUAGAAAUAUCCAAGGAGCUGGAUUUGCCUGUGAAUGUCCAUUCCAGAUCAGCAGCGAAGGCCACCAUAGCUGUCCUCAAAGAGCAGGGUAUUGGCUCCGCUCUGCUGCACAACUUUGCAGGCAGGUGUUCGGUGGCCAUGGAGGGGGUGCAAGCCGGGUACUACUUCUCCUUCCCCCCAGCUGUCUGCAGAAGUGAGCAGAGAGCCAAGCUGAUCAAACAGAUUCCACUGGAAAACAUUUGCCUGGAGACAGACUCCCCUGCCCUGGGACCAGACAAGCAUGUUAGAAAUGAACCCAAGAACAUUACCCUUUCCUGUGAGUAUAUUGCACAAGUCAAAGGAAUCACACCAGAGAGCGUCCUUGAGAUCACCACACAGAAUGCACUCAGGCUAUUCCCAAAAAUUAAGAGGAUGAUAAAUAAGUGCUCCAGCAGUGGACUUACAACAGCAAUAACACCCUAA